AUGGAAUCAAAGGGGAAAAACUCGAAAGCAAAAGUUACAAAACCACUUCAAGAUUGUGAUUUGGACUUGAGCAUGAAGAUGAUUUCUUCCUUUGAGGAUGUCGUUAUUCAAAGAAAAAUAAAAUUAUUAGAUUUAUCUUGGAAUAGAUUACACAAUUUUGAAAAUUUUAGUCCAAGUUCAAAUUUAGAAACGCUUAUUGUCGAUGGAAAUCCUAUAUUUUCAUUUAGAAACUUUCCCAAGAGUAGUCAAAUAAAACAUUUUUCAGCAAUUAACACACCAAUUUCAAUCUUACCACAUUUUCGAGAAAUAUGCUUACUGGUUAUUGGAUUACAACUCGAGACUAUUAACGAAAUCGAAGUCACAGAUGAUGAUAGAAUCGUUAUUUCCGAGCAUGAACUAUCUAAGCGCUUUCCUAAGUCAGAAAUUACAAAUAUAUCACAAUCAAUUGCAGAUAUUUAUAGAAAAGGAGAGAUUGAACAAAUUUAUUCAUUAGAAGACUUAAAAUCGCGUCAAGAACAAAAAUAUCCAAUUCCAACAUCACUGCUUAUUACAAAACUUGCUUCAAUCGCUAAUCUUAAAGAUAAUGAAAUUGAUUAUUUUUAUCAACUCGCGUUCGAUGAACAGUUAAGUUUGAAUGACAUGCUUAACAUCCAACAGUCAUUAAUAAACGAAUUUAAGUCUUCAAAUGUAACUAUAGUUAAAGAAGUUCUAAAAAAUGAAAAAAGCAUAAAACAAAAAAGUCGAUCUCCUAAAUACACAGACAAGAAUCCGCAUACAGCAGAUGAGAUAUUGAAUUUAAUUAAAUCAUAUGUCGGUGAAGAAGAUAAUAGCGAUUUAGAUGAAAUAUUAGAUAAACUCAGAGAAAAGUUUACAUCAAAAGAAGAUCAAUAA